AUGAAUGUACCAACAUUUUUACCAAACUACACAAUUAAUAAUAAAAGUUUUUCAAUAUCAUCAAUUAAAUCAUUAGAAUUACUAUUAAAAUAUCGAGUAAAUAUCAUAGAACCAUAUAGUAUCAAUAUCAAUAAUAACAAUAACAACAAUAAUAACACAACAGCAGCUUUAUCAUCAUCAUCAUUCAGUUUAAACAAUAGUAAUAAUAAUAAUUAUAAAACAACA